CAGUUCUUCAACGUUGUGAGGUUUAACUGCACCGUGUAAUUUCCUCUCCCCGCUCGCCCGCCCCUCCUCCUCACCGCCAACGCGGCACUAACCACGUCCCGCCCGCGCCGCCAUUUGAUGUGUGAGGACCGAACCACGCAGUGGGCGCGGAGGGGAGGAGCGAACUCCCCCGCGUGGGGCCGAUGGACUCGUCGGCGCCGCGGGGCCGCUGCAGACGUGGCAGGGCGGGGUGGCGCGGGGCCUGCUGGGAGCUGUAGUCCCCGGCAGCGCCGGGGACAUUCUUUCAUCCCUGAGACGGGAAAGGCCGCGAACGGACGGGCCGGAAUAGAGCUUUGUAUAGCUGAAGGAAAAUGAUGGAAGAGAGUGGAAUAGAGACAACUCCACCUGGCACGCCCCCACCAAGCUCAGCAGGGGCUGCUGCUGCUGCUGCAGCACCUGUCUCAUUAGCUUUGUCCAGUCCCCUUUCUACACCAAGCAUGUCCUCUUCUCCUACAUAUUCACCAUCCUUGCCAGCUGGAUUGUCUCAAAUUCCUCCUCCUCCUCCUCCUCCUCCUCUGAUGACUUCGGCUUCUCUCCCACCUGAGCCUUUUGCAACGAUUUCUUCUCUUGCACCAUCUGAAAGUCCUGCCCUACCUCUUCCUUCCCCUUUAGCCUUUAGUACCCCCAUGUCCCAGUUCUCUGCUCCUCCUGCCGUCAAGUUUACUGCUAGCUCUGGUCUUCCUGCACCUCCCACUGGUCCCCCCAUUUCAGGUUUUUCCAUGUCCUCAAGCUAUGAUAUCACCAGGGGUCAUGCUGGUCGAGCACCGCAGAGCCCACUGAUGCCCUCAUUUUCUGCAACUCCAGUCUCAGGUAACUCUCUGUUUAUAUGA